AUGUCGUUCCUGCCCCAAAUUGCUCGCCUGACUACACCCCUGCCCCAAAUUGCUCGCCUGACUACACUCCUGCCCCAAAUUGCUCGCCUGACUACACCCCUGCCCCAAAUUGCUCGCCUGACUACACUCCUGCCCCAAAUUGCUCGCCUGACUACACUCCUGCCCCAAAUUGCUCGCCUGACUACACUCCUGCCCCAAAUUGCUCGCCUGACUACACCCCUGCCCCAAAUUGCUCGCCUGACUACACCCCUGCCCCAAAUUGCUCGCCUGACUACACUCCUGCCCCAAAUUGCUCGCCUGACUACACUCCUGCCCCAAAUUGUUCGCCUGACUAAACCCCUGCCCCAAAUUGCUCGCCUGACUACACCCCUGCCCCAAAUUGCUCGCCUGAGUACACCCCUGCCCCAAAUUGCUCGCCUGACUAAACCCCUGCCCCAAAUUGCUCGCCUGACUACACCCCUGCCCCAAAUUGCUCGCCUGACUAAACCCCCUGCCCUAAAUUGCUCGCCUGACUAA